CUCGGCCCGGCGUUCCCGCUGUACCCGGCUCCGGCUCCUGCUCCCGACGCCGCACGUCUAUCCCGCUUGGGUAACUUAUUCCACUUUGGAGUCCUUUUGAUUCUACGGAAAGAGUUCAAAGCCUCCGUAAGCCAAAAUGGAACACAAUAAACAGAUUCGAAUUUUACUAUUGAACGAAAUGGAGAAGCUAGAGAAGACCCUCUUCAGACUUGAACAAGGGUUUGAACUACAGUUCCGAUUAGGCCCAACUUUACAAGGAAAAGCUGUUACUGUAUAUACAAAUUACCCAUUUCCUGGAGAAGCAUUUAAUCGAGAAAAAUUUCGUUCCUUGGAUUGGGAAAACCCAACGGAGAGAGAAGAUGAUUCCGACAAAUACUGUAAACUUCAUCUGCAGCAGUCUGGAUCUUUUCAGUACUACUUCCUUCAAGGACAGGAGAAAAGCGGCGGGGGCUACAUAGUCGUGGAUCCUGUCCUGCGCAUUGGCUCUGAUAAUCACGUGUUACCCUUGGACUGUGUUACUCUCCAGACGUUCUUAGCAAAGUGUUUAGGACCCUUCGAUGAGUGGGAGAGCCGGCUAAGGGUGGCAAAGGAGUCAGGUUACAACAUGAUUCACUUCACCCCGCUGCAGACUCUUGGACUGUCCAGGUCAUGCUAUUCCCUCGCUGAUCAGUUAGAGUUAAAUCCUGACUUCUCAAGGCCUAAUAAAAGAUAUAGCUGGAAUGAUGUUGGGCAGCUAGUCCAGAAGCUGAAACGGGAGUGGAAUAUUCUUUGUAUUACCGAUGUUGUCUACAAUCAUACUGCUGCCAACAGUAAGUGGAUCCAAGAACAUCCGGAAUCUGCAUACAAUCUUGUAAAUUCUCCACACUUGAAACCUGCCUGGGUCCUAGACAGAGCACUCUGGCACUUGUCCUGUGAUGUGGCAGAUGGGAAGUACAGAGAAAAAGGAGUCCCUGCUUUGAUUGAAAAUGAUCAGCACCUGAACUGCAUUCGAAAAAUAAUUUGGGAGGACGUUUUCCCAAGGAUUCAACUCUGGGAGUUUUUCCAAGUAGAUGUUCACAAAGCAGUUGAACAAUUUAGAAGACUGCUCACUCAAGAAAACAGAAGAGUAACGAAAUCUGAACCAAAAGAACAUCUUAAGAUUAUUCAGGACCCUGAAUUCAGGCGGCUAGGCUGUGCUGUAGAUAUGAACGUCGCUCUGGCCACUUUUAUACCACAUGACGACCGGCCAGCUGCAAUUGAGGAGUGCUGUAAUUGGUUCCGUAAGAGACUCGAGGAGUUAAAUUCAGAGAAGCACCACCUCACCAGCUGUCAUCAGGAACAGGCAGUUAAUUGUCUUUUGGGAAACGUGUUUUAUGAGCGACUUGCGGGCCAUGGCCCUAAACUCGGACCCGUCACCAGGAAGUAUCCUUUGGUUACCAGGUAUUUUACUUUCCCCUUUGAAGAAAUGGCCUUAUCCACAGAAGAAUCCAUGAUUCACCGCCCAGAUAAAGCCUGUUUUCUGAUGGCACACAAUGGAUGGGUGAUGGGCGAUGACCCGCUUCGGAACUUUGCUGAGCCAGGUUCAAACGUUUAUUUGAGGAGAGAACUUAUUUGCUGGGGUGACAGUGUUAAACUGCGCUAUGGGAAUAAACCCGAGGACUGCCCGUAUCUGUGGGCACACAUGAAGAAAUACACCGAGAUAACUGCCACUCACUUCCAGGGAGUUCGUCUUGACAACUGCCACUCCACGCCUCUCCACGUGGCUGAGUACAUGCUGGAUGCUGCUAGGAAAUUACAGCCCAAUCUUUACGUAGUGGCUGAGCUGUUCACAGGAAGCGAAGAGCUGGACAACAUCUUCGUAACGAGACUGGGCAUCAGUUCCUUAAUAAGAGAGGCUAUGAGCGCAUAUAACAGUCAUGAAGAGGGCAGACUGGUCUACCGGUACGGAGGGGAGCCCGUCGGAUCCUUCGUUCAGCCCUGUUUGAGGCCGCUGAUGCCAGCUAUCGCACAUGCCCUGUUUAUGGACAUAACCCACGAUAAUGAGUGUCCAAUUGUGCACAGAUCAGCCUAUGAUGCUCUUCCAAGUACCACAAUUGUUUCCAUGGCAUGCUGUGCUAGUGGAAGUACGAGAGGCUACGAUGAGCUGGUGCCUCAUCAGAUUUCAGUGGUUGCUGAAGAACGAUUUUACACUAAGUGGAAUCCUGGGGCAUCACCAUCAGAUACAGGAGAUGUUAGUGUCCAUAGUGGGAUCAUUGCAGCCAGAUGUGCCAUCAAUAGACUCCAUCAAGAGCUUGGUGCCAAGGGCUUCAUUCAAGUGUAUGUGGACCAAGUGGAUGAGGACAUAGUGGCAGUAACACGGCACUGCCCGAGCAUCCAUCAGUCUGUGGUGGCUGUAUCGAGAACUGCUUUUAGGAAUCCCAAGACUUCAUUUUACAGCAAAGAAGUGCCCCAGAUGUGCAUCCCUGGCAAAAUUGAAGAGGUAGUCCUGGAAGCUAGAACUACUGAGAGGAAUACAAAGCCUUAUAGGAGAGACGAGAAUUCAAUCAAUGGGAUGCCGAACAUGACUGUGGAGCUUAGGGAACAUAUCCAGCUUCAUGAAAGUAAAAUUGUCAAACAAGCUGGAGUUGCCACAAAGGGUCCCAAUGAAUAUAUUCAGGAAAUUGAAUUUGAAAACCUAUCUCCAGGAAGCGUUAUUAUAUUCAGAGUUAGUCUUGAUCCGCAUGCUCAAGUUGCUGUUGGAAUUCUUCGGAGCCACCUGACGCAGUUCAGCUCUCACUUUAAAUCUGGAAGCCUUGCUGUUGACAACGCGGAUCCUAUAUUAAAAGUCCCCUUCGCUUCCAUUGCCUCUAAAUUGACUUUGGCUGAGCUAAAUCAGGUUCUUUACCGAUGCGAGUCAGAAGAACAAGAAGACGGUGGAGGUUGCUAUGACAUACCAAACUGGUCAUCCCUUAAGUAUGCAGGUCUUCAAGGAUUAAUGUCCGUGUUGGCAGAAAUAAGACCAAAGAAUGACUUGGGGCAUCCUUUCUGUGAAAACUUGAGGUCCGGAGACUGGAUGAUCGACUAUGUCAGCGGCCGGCUUAUUUCGCGAUCAGGAAGUAUUGCUGAAGUUGGUAAAUGGUUGCAGGCUAUGUUCUUCUACCUGAAGCAGAUCCCACGAUACCUCAUCCCAUGUUACUUUGAUGCUAUAUUAAUUGGUGCAUAUACCACUCUGCUGGAUGUAGCAUGGAAACAGAUGUCAAGCUUUGUUCAGAAUGGGUCGACCUUCGUGAAGCACCUGUCCCUGGGUUCUGUGCAGAUGUGCGGAGUCGGGAAGUGCCCUUGUCUGCCGCUGCUUUCUCCCUCGCUCCUGGAUGUGCCCUGCAGGUUAAAUGAGAUCACAAAGGAGAAGGAGCAGUGCUGUGCCUCCCUGGCUGCAGGCUUACCUCACUUUUCUUCUGGUCUUUUUCGAUGCUGGGGGAGGGAUACUUUCAUUGCACUUCGAGGGAUGCUGCUGGUUACUGGACGCUACCUGGAAGCCAGGAAUAUUAUUUUAGCGUUUGCUAGUACCCUGAGGCACGGUCUCAUUCCUAACCUCCUUGGUGAAGGGACGUAUGCCAGGUACAACUGCCGGGAUGCGGUGUGGUGGUGGCUGCAGUGCAUUCAGGACUAUUGCGGGAUGGUUCCGAACGGUCUAGACAUCCUCAGAUGCCCAGUGUCCCGAAUGUAUCCAACAGACGAUUCCGCACCCUUGCCUGCUGGGACACUGGAUCAGCCUUUGUUUGAAGUCAUACAGGAAGCUAUGCAAAGGCACAUGCAAGGCAUCCAGUUCCGAGAGCGGAACGCCGGCCCACAGAUCGAUCGAAACAUGAAGGACGAGGGUUUCAACAUAACUGCAGGGAUUGAUGAAGAAACAGGAUUUGUUUAUGGAGGAAAUCGCUUCAACUGUGGCACGUGGAUGGAUAAAAUGGGAGAGAGUGACCGAGCUAGAAACAGGGGAAUCCCAGCCACCCCAAGAGAUGGGUCUGCUGUGGAAAUCGUGGGAUUGUGUAAAUCUGCUGUCCGUUGGCUGCUGGAAUUGUCUAAGAAAAAUGUCUUUCCCUAUCAUGAAGUCAGAGUAAAAAGACAUGGAAAGGUUGUAGCAGUGUCGUAUGAUGAAUGGAACAGAAAAAUACAGAACAAUUUUGAAAAGCUGUUUCAUGUUUCCGAAGACCCUUCAGACCCUAACGAGAAGCAUCCAAAUCUGGUUCACAAACGUGGCAUCUACAAGGACAGUUAUGGUGCCUCAAGUCCUUGGUGUGACUAUCAGCUCAGGCCCAAUUUUACCAUAGCAAUGGUCGUGGCCCCUGAACUCUUUACUGCUGAAAAGGCUUGGAAGGCUUUGGAAAUUGCAGAAAAAAAAUUGCUUGGUCCCCUUGGCAUGAAAACUUUAGAUCCAGAUGACAUGGUUUACUGUGGAGUUUAUGACAACGCCUUAGACAACGACAACUACAACCUAGCCAAAGGGUUCAACUACCACCAAGGACCUGAGUGGCUGUGGCCAAUUGGGUAUUUUCUUCGUGCAAAGUUGUAUUUUUCCAGAAUGAUGGGCCCAGAGACGACUGCAAAGACUAUAUUUUUGGUUAAAAAUGUUCUUUCUAGACAUUAUGUUCAUCUUGAGAGAUCCCCAUGGAAAGGACUCCCCGAGCUCACCAAUGAGAAUGGCCAGUACUGCCCUUUCAGCUGUGAGACACAGGCAUGGUCGAUGGCUGCUGUUCUCGAAACCCUCUAUGAUUUAUAGUUGGCUCGUAGAUAUUUAGUAAUUGUGUGAACACUUGACAUUACUGAAUGCAAGGUCAUAAAGAAAUGUAAGCUCAACUCAUUUUAAAAAUCUCAUUCAUAACCAGGGAAUAGUGCCACAAGCCUUUGCUCCCAGCACUUGGGAGGCAGAGGCAGACAGAUCUCUUGAGUUGGAGGCCAG